AAUCGAUGUUUUUCUGUGAAAACAAGUGCCCUUCUCUUAGUAUAACCUCUAAUCGAUUAAGCUUUAAGCUCAGUUCAGUCAACAAUAUCAACAACCAGGCCAAAAAAGGUAACUGUAAUCCCAGUAAGUCUUUGGAUUCAGCAAUUUUGUUGUAAACUCAUCAUUCGUAUUGAUCUUACAGUGUAAAAAUUCACUUGGAUUAAUCGCAUUUUCACCACCUUAAUAACCCCACCAAUUUAAAACUGUGAGCCACCGUGAACAAAUUUCCAUCGUAACACAGCAACAUGAUGAUUUCAAAAGUUUACAAAUGGUUAAUACCAAUAACUCUUGUGGUAAUAUUGAUUCCUUUGGUCAUCGGUCAAAGAAGGUUUCCUUUCCAAAGAAUGCCUAGCUUAAGAGAUGUUCGUACAAGGGGAAUACUUCUUCCUGCAAGGAAUCAGAAUAUCCAUUCAAAAGCAUUGAUAGCCAGACAAGGGCCUGCCGCGGGUAUUGCGUCUUCUUUGCUUUCAUCCGGUCCAGUUAUUCUUGCCCUUUCAUCUUUACUCUUUUCUUUCCCUGUGCUUCCGAUGCUUUUUCUGGCUCCAAUGGCACUAUCAAACUUCCUACCAAACAUGGACGAUAAUUCUGAUCCAAGUUUAAACGACAUCUUACAAUCCGUUCAAACCUUAGGUCAAGGAAUUCUCGAUGGAAUCAGGCCAAUUACUGGAAUAACAUCAGCCAGUUCAGCAGCAUCAUCAUCUGGAUCAACUUCAUCAUCAUCUUCAACGUCUUCCUCCGGGCCAUCUUCAUCUUCAUCACCUACAUCAGAUUCAUCCUCAUCUGGUUCAGUGUCACAAUCUGGUUCAUCUUCAAGUAAUACGCUGGGUUCCAUGGGGUCUCCCUCAGAACCAAUAGCGAGCAUAGUUUCAGCUCCAUCAUCAUCUUCUUCGUCGUCUCCUUCCAAAAUCACGUCAAGUUCGUCAUCAGGGGAUAGUCUUGCUGAUUUAUCAACAGGAUUUCUCUCCCAACUUGCAGCAAUUAAUGAAAUUCUAUCCAAUACAAAUAAUCUUUCCUCAGAAAACCCAUUGAAUUCCUUUUCUCAAUUGGCAGCCAACACAUUGGCCAGUUUGUCCAACCUUUUGUUCAGCGCAAGAAGAGAGGAAGAUGAUGACAAAAAGUCAAACAAAUAUCGCAUACCAUUGUUUCCUUUUGGCUCUUUGAGGAAGUCAAUGCGUCCUAACCCAAUCGCUCGAUCAUCAAUGGAUAAUGUUGUACCAUAUUUCCCACUUCAUGGAAACGGUUCCCCAAGAAAUGCUGUGACAGACCGUUUAGCAGCUCUUAAUUUAAAAGCAAUCUGGUCCAGGUCAAGUGGAGUAGCGAACAGUUUGGUUAAGCGAAUUCGUGACAUCUAUUCAACAUUUAGAGAUGGUUUAAAACGUUACGAGAUCAGUGAAAGUGAAUGUCAAGCAAGGUUGGUUUGUGAACUUAACCAGAAGGUUAUCGGACGAUCUUUGAGAAACUGGGCAAAAGUAAUGACAGAUUUUAUCAGAUUCGAUGACCGUUUAGAAGCUCUCGGAAUGGGUGGAAUGGCCAAAUCAACCCUGAUCGAUUUAUAUCAAGCUGCUAGGAAAGGAAUGACCGAUGAAGAAUGUUCAGUGGCAUAUUCACGUUGUCCAGUUACCAUUGCAGUUGAACCUGUCAAUAACUCGAUAAUGGGCAAAUUAUUCCGUCGUAAUCGAGUUAAACCAUCAGCAGCUGCAACACAACCAGUAGAUUCACCUCCACCUCCACUUCCAUCAUCAUCAUCAUCAUCAUCAUCAUCAUCGACAACUGAUAAAAAUGGCAAUAUAAUGAUAACCGGCAGCCAUGUAUACAAAGUUGACCGUAGAAGAGCCAUUUUCUGAUCGCCAUAUUUUGUGUUCAAAUCAUGGUUAAAUCGAAGCCAAAUCAUUUAAUUCAAAUGUUAAUAUGAUUUUUCAUUAUUUUCAUCUCACAAAAUAACAUUGAAAAAAAUCUAGUUCAUCAUAAAAAAUAAAAAUCA